AUGAGACUGUUCACUACAUUUCGCACGGUCAGGUUGCGGGUGCUAUGCAUACAACUUGCCAUAUUAAUCUAUCUGUCACUGAUUGCCUUUGCUGUUUUCAACUACUGCAACCACUGUGCUGUGACUCUGCCCAGCAGCUUAGUGGACAAGAGUAAGAUGGGCACUGCAGCCCAGAAUUUAUGUGAGCUGAACUUCCAGGAAUUGGGAGUUCAAGAUGUCAAUAAGUAUGAUGAACCAACAGAAGAGGAGAUCAUUGCAGCAAACCCUCAGGUACAUAAAGGUGGGGCUUGGGCUCCUUCAGACUGUCAGUCCUGGCAAAAAGUUGCCAUCAUAGUGCCUUACCGGAACCGUCUACAGCCUUUGAGACUGUUGUUGCGGCGCCUGCACCCAAUGUUACAAAGACAGAAACUGGAUUAUAGGAUUUUUAUUGUUGAGCAGGCUGGUGAUGGUGAGUUCAACAGAGGAAAACUGUUCAACGUUGGUUACAUUGAAGCGGGCAAAUUUGCAGAUUUUAACUGUUUUGUCUUCCAUGAUGUUGACCUGCUGCCCGAAGAUGACCGGAACUUGUACAUGUGUGACAAUCAUGGUCGGCACCUGGAGACAGCCACAGAUGAUGUGCGAUAUCACUUAAAAUAUUACAACUAUGCAGGCGGAGUCAUAGCUAUCAACUCCAGAAACUUCUUUCGCAUUAAUGGAUUUCCAAAUUUGUACUGGGGCUGGGGCAAUGAGGAUGACGACUUUUCUGCUAGGAUAACAGAGUCUGGAUUACUGCUGACUCGGCCUCCAGAACUUAUUGGCAGAUACCAGAUGGUUCCACAUAGGAAAAACACCAGGUCCUCAUCCGGAAAUGGCAUGUUCUUUGGCUGGCAGAGGCGCUGGCCCACAGAUGGAUUGAAGGAUCCAGUGGGCAUGAACUAUUCUGUAAUACGUAUAGACGAGACACCCUUGUAUACUAGAAUUCUGGUGGACAUUGGCAGUCCUCCUGCAGACAUGAGUGUCUACACACAACGUCAUGAACAGGAUAUUUCCUUGUGGUGGUUUUUAACUUUUUACUACCCAUAG